GAGAGCAAGGACUUUCUUUUUCAGGCCGGGUAGGUUGCCCACCAACAACUCAAGUAAACGGUCAAAUAGAUUAAGAGUCGGCAGCACAAUCAUCAGCCAUCCUUUUAAGAAACGUAAUAUUUAGGAGUUAAAUCGCCAUUAUUGAUCACAGGAAAUACUAACAAGUAAAAUCGAAAAAGAAGGCACAAGAAGAGGCGCAUAGAAACAUUUUCAUACUCGAUGACAUUACAUCGCAAUGUCCGAUCGUUUGGGGCAAAUAACCAAGUCCAAGGAUGGGAAAAGCAAGUACUCCUCACUCAGCCUAUUUGAUAAGUACAAGGGAAAGUCUAUAGAAACUCAGAAAACAGCAGCAGUUCCGCGAUAUGGCUUACAGAGUCUUGGCAAAGUGGCCGCAGCCCGGCGCAUGCCCCCACCUGCUCACCUGCCGAGCCUGAAGUCAGAGAACAAAGGAAACGAUCCAAACGUGAUUAUCGUGCCCAAAGACGGAACAGGAUGGGCAAACACACAGGAACAAACCGAUCAAAAGAGUUCCAUUGCAUCAACAGCACAGCUGCUGGAGUUGCAGCCACAGCUGGCUUUGCAGAAAUCUGUCUCCAAUCUCCAGAAGCCCACACCGGUAGCCAGUCAGGAGAGCACAAACACAGGUGGACCAAAGCAAUGGGCCCAGCUAAAUGGAAAGGCCGUAGAACUAGAUGCAGGUUUAAGGGCCUCAAACCGACUGCAGCCCUUCUCUCACGAGGAAUUUCCAACGCUGAAGGCUGCUGGGGAACAGGACAAGGCUGGCAAGGAAAGAAGCGCCUUCGAUCCGUCGUAUGGGCCCGGACCAAGCCUCCGCCCCCAGAAUGUGACAAGUUGGAGGGAGGGUGGUGGGAGGAACCUUGUGCCCUCAUCCCUGCCAGCAGGCCUGCCCUCAGAUUCCGAGGGCAAGGCCAGCGGCGUAGCUGAGACUGGAAGCCCCCCUCCACCUCUUCCCCCCUCUGCCCCCCUCUCUGCCUCCAUGGUCAGUCCCACCCCUGCCACCGUUGUCAGCGCCCCUUCAGUCCUAGAGCCCAAGGAGCCCUGUCUGCGCCCUGCCCAGCCCCUCCGCAGGCCCACCCCCUGCCCUGAACCAUCACCAGCUCCACCACCCUACCACCACCACCACCUACCACGACAUGCUGCCUCCUUCAUGUGCCCCAAAGAGACUCGUGAUGCUCCUGGCACUGCUGAACACACUGGCCCUGUCACUGUGGUCGCCCCAGUUCGCUUUGACAACCGGCCCACCUUCAGACAGCCCUACCCCAACAUCAACCAAGAGCCUGUCAACGGUGAGGUUAGGAGAGAAGAAAACCGCUUCAUCCGUGGGCCCUCCCGCAACCUCUCCUCCAGACCCAUCCGUCGGCCCGGUGACAGACCCCCUCGUCCGGCCAUCAUCAACCCAGAGGACCUGAAGGAUCUGGACGAGCUGGACAACGACUGUGAAGACGGCUGGGCAGGUAUCCAUGAAGAAGUGGAUUAUGGCGAGAAACUCAAGUUCAGUGACGAUGAGGAGGAGCACGCCGAAAAGAACAAGAUGUGGGCUGAAUGGGAGAACCAGCGUCGCGAGCACCAGUUGUCGCUGAGCACAGGAGAGGGGGCGUACCCCCAGGAGGGCCCCGAGGAGGAGGCUUACCUGGCCUUCCAGGAGCAGAUGGCCCACAGGAAGACCAACAGCAGGUUCCCCUCUGGAGAACCACAGGCCCAGCAGAAGAGCUCCGGGCCUGGCAUGGCCCACCAGGGUGAACCCCUGGAUGACCAGGAGGAGCGCCAGGGCCCAGCCCGGGCCAAGUUUGUAUCACCGGAACUCUCUGAGGCAGUGGAGAGAGCUCGUCGGCGCAGGGAGGAGGAGGAGAGACGCGCCCGUGAGGAGAGACUUGCCGCCUGCGCCGAGAAGCUAAAGAGGCUAGACGAGAGGUUUGGGAAGACUGAGAGACAGUUAUCAAGGUCUGAGGAGGGAGUGAAGGAUGCAGAGAGCAAGGAGGCUGCACUGUCCCCUGGGAGAGAGAGCAAAAACCACCAGGAGAGCUGGCAAUAUGGCACGAAAGACACUGAGUGUCCCUUGGAGCACUCCCCCGGCCAGCAGGACUACAGGGAAGAGGGCACCUUGGGCUUCGCCCCCUACCGCAAUGAGGACGAUGGCGGGGCUGAUCCCACUUCUCCCCUGCCCGACUACACAAACCACCAGGCCUCCAAGCCCGUCCCGCCCCGCUUCCAAAAGCAGCAGCAGGACCAAGUGUAUAAAAUGCAGCACUGGCAGCAGCAGCAGUCUGGCCACCCUGCCCCCUCGGGCUCCAGCCACCCCCCGAGGGGGUACUACCCCCCACACAUGCUGGGCUUCGACCCCCGCUGGAUGAUGAUGCCCCCUUUCUUGGACCCCCGCAUGGCCCAGGGCCGCUCCCCCGUGGACUACUACCCCAAUGCUGUCCACUCUUCAGGAAUUAUGAAAUCGAGGAUGCAGCCAGACCAUCUGAACAGCCCAGGGUCCCCCUCUGACGAUGGCUGCCAUCCAAGCAUGCAUCAGGAGAGGAGGGCCCCCUCCACCGAGCCCUACCCCUUGUGGAACCAAGAUGGCUACCCCCCUCGCAGUUUCACCCCACCCUACCAGAGACAGCACGAGAGCUCAGACAGGAGCCAGCCAGACGACCGGAGUGACAGGACAUGCUCCCAGCAGGACUUGUACGAAGAGAGUGGUAACGAAUGCCAAGACAACCCAUCUGGUGACCUCUCCCAUCAGGCCUACCACCAGAGCAAAGGUCCCAACAGGGAUCACCACCCGCACGACCAAGGCCUGCUCUCCUCAGCCCAGAGCCGGCCCCAGCAGCAGCAUGCAGACAGCGACUACCCCAAACAGGAGCCCAAAGACAGGUACCUGAAGGACAGCACUGAACCCUGUGACGAAGUCUUCGACACCUCCAAGGAAAAGUUUUUUGACUCAGACUUCCAUAGGCGAGAUGGAGGCCAGAAGAAGGAAGUUGGUGUUGGUGGUCAGAACCAGUGGACUGAUCCUGGCUCCAGCACCCCUGCCAGCAGUGUAAGCCAGCCCUCUGAGACUGGCGGUAGGACCCUGACCCGCAGGACCGGUCCCAUCAAGAAGCCUGUGCUAAAGGCCCUCAAAGUGGAGGACAAGGAGAACGAGAAGCCCAAAGUGGAGCCUGAGGAGAAGGUAGUCCCUUACCGCCUGGAAAAGGAGGUGCUCACCAACGUAUAUGACCUGAAGAAAGAUAACCAGCCCCUAGUAAGUAACAGACGAUCGGCCUCGCCUGCUAUUGAGAAGCAGCCAGAAGAGAAGCAACAACCACCAGCUCCUGCUAAAAUAGAGCGGCCAGCCAGUACCCACAGUGAGGAUUUGCCGAAGGAAAACAGCUGGGACAGCGGAAAGAGCCAGUCCUCCAGAGACAGCCAGGAGAGCAGGGAACCUGGUGCACCACGACGCAACAACUGGAUCUUCAUCGAUGAGGAGCAGGCCUUUGCCGGAGCCAGGGGAACGGGUAGAGGUCGGAGCCGUGGCGGCUUCAAGGAGUUCAGUUCAAGAGGAGACCGUGGUGGCCGGGGAGGCCGAGAGAACCCCAGAGGAGGCUACAACAACAAUAUCAACAGCAGGGACGCUGCUGGAACCCAGAGACCAGGCAGAGGCAGAGGACUGCCCAGGGACUUUGUCAAGGUGGAGGACCUGCAGAGGGGGAAGCCGAGGAGGCGCAACGUCAGCGAGACUCUGAGCGAGACCUCAGAGUAUGAGGAGCUGCCCAAGCGGCGACGCCAGAAGGGCUCUGAAAACGGAGAGGGUGGCAGCUACCCAGAGCAGGGAGAGACCAGGAAGGUCGACCGAGACUCUUGGAGGUCCAACAAGGUGUACACGGAAGAACAGGCGGCCAGUGACGCCCGCGACAAGGCCAAAGCCAGCAGCAGGGGGUUCGGAGGCUUCGGCCGCUCCCUGCCUCCCAGACUCGAUACUGGCAGGGGCUACAACACCAGCCGAGGGUUCAACAACGGCUCCAGAGACAUCUCCACCUGGAGAGGACGGGGGACUCAGUUUGGCAGUGGCGGUGGGCCCAUGCAGGAGAAUGGCUACGUCUUGGGCACCGAGACCUAUCCCAGGAGACCACCUGCAGAGCGUGAGCCCCUCAAAUACACCCCCAAGUUUACUGGCUCUACUGGUUCCUUCAUGGAGAACGGCGCUGAGGACCGCAGCGGGGAGGGUGAGUACUACAUAGACAGCGACAACCCUGGACAACAGCCGUUGAGAAGACGGAGGCCGCCGCGCCAGGACAAGCCCCCGCGUUUCCGCCGACUACGUCAAGAGAGAGAGCCUGGCAGUGGCCAGUGGACCAGCGAUGAGUACAUCAACGGAUCAGAAGGAUUCGCGAACCCCUGGCCGAGCCGCUCCAAGGAGGGAGGUAAAGAGGACGGCUGGUCCAGUGGCCACUACUCCGGAGUGGGGGGUAGGUCCGGUGGUCAGCACGGCCAGGCGGAGGACUGGGAGACUGGCUCAGAGAACAGCGACAUCAGUGACUGGAGGGAGAAGCGUGGGGGAGGGCAGCAGCAGCAGACACACGGGGUAGAUGUGCACUCAGACUCAGGCCACGGGGAUCCUGGGUCUGGAGAGAAGAGGGAGCUGGCCAAGAGGAGUUUCUCCAGCCAGCGCCCCCUGGUGGACCGGCAGAACAGGAAGGGCGAGGUGGAUGGGAACAAGAUGACACGCUCUUCAGAGAAACCUAACACUCUGCCCUCCUGUAACAGGAAUGACGGCUGGCAGAAUGGAGGGUCCUCCAACCAUAAGAGCAGGAGCCCAGAGGAGUCAGGCCCAGUUUACAAUGUUGAGCAGUCUGAGGAGGGCCACCAGGCAAACGAACCCCCGGGGAAGAAGCUGGACAAGGAGCUGAAGCCCAGGUCUGUGAAGGGAGACCUGGCCAAACCACUGUCUCAGUACGACCUCAACAGCUACCCCAUUGAGGGGGAUUCUGGGUGUCCUAGUCCAGAUGGGUUCCAAGACCUGCCCAAGAAACAGCUGCGGCGCCCACAGGAAGACGACAGAAGGAGAAAGGAACAAGGAGCUCCUGUUCCAGUAAAAAACAGACCGAUCACCUCCAAGAUGCCCCCGCGGUUUGCCAAGAAGCAGGGUGGCAUGACCAUUGAUCAGCCAGAAGAGGGACUCUCUGCCAACAACCUGGGCACAGAUAUCUGGGAGACUAACAGCUCAGCUCUCUCAAUCCAGUCAUCUAGAGGAGAUACGUGGACCAAGCAGGUCUCCUUCACAGGCAGCGAGCCCAACUCGGAGGAUUCUGACGCGGGCCCUGAGCAGAGCAAGGAGCAGCACAAGCCCGGUCCCAUCGGCAACGAACGUUCACUCAAGCACCGCAAGGGCUCGGAGGGUGUGGAGCGUCUGGAGGGGAGGCCCAUCACUCCCGUCAACGGCGUGGACCUCCACGUGGACACGGUGCUGCCAGUGCCACCCAUCGAGUUUGGUGUCAGUGCCAAGGACUCUGACUUUAGUCUGCCACCCGGUUCCACCCCAGUGCCCGUGUCCAACCCUGUCACCAAGCUGCAGGACGCCCUCGUUAGCAAUCCGGCCCUGACCCAGGCCAUUCCCAUGCUGCGUAGAGACCACCUGCAGCCUGGCAUCAACCUCAACCCCAUCUCUUUCCCCAGUGCUGACCUCACACUCAAGAUGGAGUCGGCCCGUAAGGCGUGGGAGAACUCCCAGUCUCUCCCCGAGCAGGGCUCUCCUGGUGGGGGUGCCUCUGGCGCCCAGCCCCCUUGCAGCGUGGGCUCCUCCAGCGGGGUGAGCUACAGCUCUUUCGGAGGGGUGUCCAUGCCCCCCAUGCCCAUUGCCUCCGUGGCGCCUUCCAUGUCCAUGCAGGGUAACCAUGUCCCCCCGCUGUAUCUGGACGGCCAUGUCUUUCCCAGCCAGCCUCGGCUGGUGCCCCCAACCAUGACCCAGCAGCAGAGCUACCAACAGGCGGCCGCGGCUGCCCAGCAGAUCCCCAUCUCCCUACACACCUCUCUGCAGGCCCAGCUCGGUCUCCGGGGAGGCCUUCCCGUCUCCCAGUCCCAGGAGAUGUUCAACUCCAUUCCCUCCUUCAGGUCCCAGGUGUACAUGCAUCCCAAUCUAUCUCAGCCUAACCCCAUGGUGCUGUCAGGCGGUGGCCCCCUGAAGGGGCCCUAUUCGGCCUUCCCGGGCAUGCAGCCAUCGGACAUGGUCAAGCCCCAGUCGGGCUCCCACUACCAGCCCAUGAACGGCAGCCAGGCCAUGGUCUACGACGGCCAGAUGAACCAGGGCCCUGGCAUGAGCUCCUCCCAGCUCAUAGACUCCCAGCUCAUCCAGGUGACCAUGCCCUUGCCGGGCUCCCAGCUGCGUUAUGGCUCUGCCCAGCAGCACCUCAUCCUGCCCCAAUCCAUCCAGCUCCAGCAGGGCCAGAACCUCUCCGUCGGAGCUGCCCGCAGGAUGCUCCCCCCUGGCUCCCAGCCCCCUGUCAUGACCGGCAGUAGAGAGAAUUUCCCAAUGUCUACUGGUCCGUAUACUACUUACAAGACCUCCCAGAUGGAAAAGAUAGGCUUCCAGUUCUCUGACAAGCCCAAUCACUCCCAGGGCAUGCCUGGAGGAUACAACAGACCAGGGUCUGCCAGCCCCAGUGGGAAGCAGUCUGGCCCCGUGGGCCCUCUGCCUGGGCAUUACAACCAGCAGAAGACCUCAUCCAUGCAGGCCGUUCAGCAGCGAGGCUGGGCUUGCAGUGGCCCUGGCCUGACCUGUAGUUGCUGCUACAGAGACCCGGCCACCGGCUGGUAUGAGGCCCUGCUGUGCCCCCUACACGGCAAGGUCCCCCCUCCCCAGGGCAGCAUGGUUAUGCACAUGCGUCCCCCUACCACCGGCCCCUUUCCCACCCCCAUCCAGAGACCUGUCAUGCAGGUCAACAAGACAGUCAUCAUCCGCUCCCCCCCUUACCCCAAUCCCGGGCGCGAGCCACCCCACUCCAGCCCCCCCUCGGCCCCUGAGCCCACUGUCAAGGGGCCGGAGGAUGGCAUGAAGAGUAAAGCCCUGCGAAAUGAGCGCCAGCUGGUGGGUGAGGGGAAGGCACUGUCGUGGGGCCUGAUGACCAGCACACUCCAGGAGUCCCUUCCUGGCUGGCAGGGCAAACCAGCACCAUGCACCUGAGCCAUCAAACCCCAGGCUGUCAAAGUGGAGGGCAAGGCAUGGCAACGGACCUUCAACCUCCACCCAACCUGCCCCUGGAAGACACAACCCCGUGCACCCUCUUUCGACCCACCUACCAGCCUCUAUUGCCAACCCCCAGAUCGGGCGCCAAACUAAGGAGCAAGCAGGCAUACUGUACCAACUCCCCAAACUAUCAGAACCGGACACUUAUUAUUAUUAUUAAACACCGUGUGUGUGUGUGUGUGUGUGUGUGUGUGUGUGUGUGUGUGUGUGUGUAUAAGCAGACUCAAGGUUCUCCUUAUUUAUUAACAUUGUCCUUUUUCGAGAGAAGAACGGUAACAAAAAAAUCUGAAAUAAAUGCACGUUUUCUGUGUUGCUCUGCAUCCAAAAAAGGAAACGAACAGCUCCUGCAGAUAGUUCACACCUAGUUCACCCCGUUUUUGCCACACUACUUUUUUGGACUAUAGCCCAGUAGAGGAGGCAGACACUUGACAUGUCACCACAAGAAAUCAAAUCUGUAAGCGUAAAAAACAAAUGUGUCCUUUUCCUUCACUUUUUGAAGAUUUUUGCUGGUAGUUUUAAUUUUUUUUUUUAAAGUAAUCAUCGCCUGUUUGCUCUAUUGUUAAAGGACUUCAAAGACAGAUUUUAAGGACAUCAUUGUGUGUAAACAUGGAAAGGUGUGAAUUGGGGCGUGUCGCCCUCAGAGACCCCUGGGGUACUUCACACAGCUCGUGAACUGUGACAAAACUGCUUCGAUUUUUAGAAAAUGUUUCCGUUAUUUUUUUUGAAUGCUGUUUUUUUGCUUUUGUUUUGUCUCUUCUCUCUCUCUCUCCUAUGUGUUUUUGUAAACAGAAGCAAAAACUAGGACAUUUUAGAGAAAUCAUCAUCUUGCCUCAUUUGAAGCUAUCCUAGCGUUGAUGCAGUGUGUGCAUGUGAUGUGCUGAAUGUGUGUUAAUCGUAGAGCCUAAUUCAGGACCCUAUCGCAACAUUUCAAAAGACAGCAGACACUGCUGCUGUAGUGUGAGGUUUUGAUCAACCGAGCUGGCAAAAAAUGUGGUUUAUUCUAUAGUGUUACGGCGUAUCUAUAGUGUUUGGGAGUGACGACGGGCUUCAAUGACUUACUGUACGAUCUCAACAGCUGAUUGAAAUGUUGCUUUUUAUUGCUAUCCUUUUGGUUGUAAUGAGUUGCUGAAAUCUGAAUUCACAUCUGAUACAUGUCAAGUGCUUUUAUAUUCCCUCUCCUAUAGUGUUUUUGCUUUUGCUCCUAGAGCUAUUUAACACUUCUCUAUUGUUUGUUUUUUUGAACACAACUCGAUGGAAAGGUGGAGGGGUUAGUGAAGGAAUGAGUAGGCACACCUCUCUAGUGAACAUUCAGCACCAUGUAAGGCCUCUGGGGUGGCGCUAGCAAUAAACGCAGCCUAACUCUCAAUCAGGGUCCAAAUAUCUAUUUUUAUGUUAUAAUUUCACGACAAAAAGAGGGUGUUUAGAAUUGCUUGAUGAAUUGAUGUACUUUCUUCGCGUAGGUUUUUUGGUGAACGCUGCAGUUGUUUUGGGCUCUCUGAAGAAGGAAAUAUUAAAGCAUUUUUGUUAGAAAAAUAAUAUGAACUGUUGGCAUCUGUGAUUAAAAAAAAAGGGGGGCACUCAUUUUGAAACUUACUAUUCCAAUGUCAUAACUGGUUAUAAAUGUUUCUGCGUAUUAAUGCUCCAUGACACUACAAAAUGUUCAGACUCGUCUUUUAUGGCAGUGUUUCACUGACGUCUGUACAUGAUGCAUACCUGUUCAACUAUAUUCAGAGUUACGGUCAGUCGGGGAGGGUGGGAGUCUAAAAUCAUGUUUGAGUCAUGUAUUGUAUCACUAAUAAAAGGGUAAGUGUUUCAAAGGUCACUAUGAUGUUCUCACAGGGUGGACUGCUUUCACUUGUGGAUUGGCUUAUUGCCCAUCUCUACUGUGCUUUUUGGACAGACUGGAAGGUGUACACUGAAACGUCUUAUACACACAUGAGAAACCUAAUUUGGUUUCCGCCUGCUCUCGUCUUCACUCAUUACUGUACCUACACCAAGAUAUCGUCCUGAUGCUUUUUUUGUUGGUACUUUUAGGAUACAUAUUUCAUUUGUCAGAGGACCUGCUCACUCUGGAACUGAUCAUACUGUCUAUUUAUCCUACCUGAUGUUUAUCCUUUCAGAUAUGUGAUCAUAAUCGCCCUUUCCUUAUUGAGAGAAAAAAUAAAGCAGUUGUGCUUUUUCAAAA